AAUAGCUCGACCAAGCCACCCAAGAAAGAGAAAGAAAGGCUCUCCAACCCUCCUCCAUUGCUGCAACUCGAGCUCAAGCAAGAAAGGUCCAAGGAGUGGGAUUAAAGAAGGAAAAAGGGCUAGGAAAAGUGUGUAAAUCAAGGUAAUGACCUUAUUAUAACUUCUCCUUUAUUUUUCUUCUACCAUAUAAGAUAUAUAUCAUGUGAAGGAUCCUUAAGAGGGUUCUACAUGUUAUGAGUAUGGAUUUAUGGGUUGGGAAGUGAUUCUAUGUCCAAGAACGGACUUAGAAGUCAAAACGACCGGUUCACCGGAAAAUAACCUUUUUGAGGUUAUUUGUAUUAACAUGGGUUUUAUGAUUAUAAAACCUUGUUAGGCACUUGUAAAGGGUAUUUCAAGUGAUUUCACAAAGUUGGAAAAGUCGCCGGAAUUGUCGCCGGAGUUGACCAAAAGUCGCCGGAGUUUCACCGGAGUUCAACCAAGAAGGGUAGAACUUCUUAACGCUAGUUCAAGGUUGAAGCUAGGGCUUGCUACCUGCACCUUUCUACGGGUGACAUCAAUCAAGGAAGACGUGAAAUGGAGGGCAGGCGAAUGCGGACUAGGAACAAUCCGAGGGGGCAGGCGCCGGUAACAUCCCAAAGGGGAAGCCGGGCUGCAUCUCGGGGUUCAAGAGGAGGCCGUGGAGGCCGUGGAGGUCAUCAAGCUCAAACUGUGAGUGAUGGCCAUGUAAGCUCGGUGUAUGAAACCAACACCGAGGACUAUGACUCUACGUAUGUUCCUGAGACAGAGCAUGAGGAGACCCCAUAUGAUGGGGGUGACACAUACACCGAUGAGGACAAUGAUGAAAGUGAUGCCCGCUUCGCCCAAAUGGGUGAAUUACUUGAGUGGUAUCAAAAGGAGAAACAGAGGAGAGACCUUAGGCGCCAAGCGAGGCGUGGCUCUCGUGGUGGUUCGGGUCAGGGGAGCCGGGGAGCUUCCGUGGCCACCCCAGCGGCGUCACAAGGUGGGCGUGAAGGAGGUUUUGUUGUGAGAAUCUCCAAGUACCUCAAGGAGGCUAGGGCCUUGGGGUGUAGGUCCUUUGACGGCACCGGUGACAUUACCGUUGCCGCCGAUUGGAUUAAGAAGGUGAAGGAUGCAUCAAGAGACAUGCAAAUCACACCGGACGUGAAGUUGACUGUCGCUUCACGGCUACUUGAAGGGAUAGCCUCUACGUGGUGGGAGAGCGUGGAAGGGAAGUACCAUGGGGAAAUAACAUGGGCGGACUUUGAGCUAGAGUUCUAUGCUCAAUACUACUCCGAGUACGAGGUGAAUGUGAAACGGAGAGAGUACACUAACCUCAAACAGAAAGAUGGCGGCACGGUUAAGCAGCUGGAACAAGAGUUUAGAACCUUGGCGAGGUUCUUGCCAGAGUAUGCGGUUGAUGAGAACCGCAUGACGGAGCACUUCUGGGAUGCAUUACUCUUGGACAUCCGCGACCGAGCUACAUACUCUCGCCACAUGUCAUUUAGCGAGGUGGUGGAACAGGGCCUUCUUGGAGAGGCCCAGUGGAAUGAGAGGAAAGCAAGGGACGCCGAAGAGGCGAAGAAGAGGAAGUGGAAUAAUUCGGGGCCACCCGAUCAUUCUCGAAGAAACAACCACGGGGGUGGUGGUGGUGGCGGUGGUUCAUUCAAGGCGCCGGCCCCACCGGCAAAGAAGAACAGGGAUGCGAGGUGGCACGGACCUAGGCCACAGAACUCGGGGCCACCUAGAUGUCCCAAUUGCUCAAAACAACACUUUGGGAAGUGCAAUGAACCACCGAGGUGUUUUAAGUGCGGGAAUGCGGGCCAUAUGAAGGCCAAUUGCCCUCAAUUGAUGCAAGAGAGUGCCUCGGGAGCCGGGGGAGGGACCAUGACGGGAAGGAACCGUGCGGGACCGUCAAACGGCGGCACGGGAAGAGGCGGCGCAUCCACAAGUCAUGCCGCAUCCGUCAACCAAGGUGGGACCCAAGCCCGAGUGUACGCGAUGACCGAGGCGGAUGCGAGAGCAAACCCGGACUCCGUUGCAGGUUGAAGCUAGGGCUUGCUACCUGCACCUUUCUACGGGUGACAUCAAUCAAGGAAGACGUGGUUCGUGCUUCCUCAUUUUAUUUCAAAUUACCAAACAUUGCUCAUGGAUAUUUUUAUUUGUCAUAAACUAUUCUUUUGGGGCUUGCAUGCCCAUGUUAUUGGCCGAUUGUGGCUUAUGACUUACCGUUGAAUAUUUCCGCUAUUCAUUGGUUUAAAUGUGAUGUUGUUAUGUAUGUUUACUACUGAG